AUGAGGACCAGGCACGUGAACUUGCUCAUCACGGUCAUCGCUGUAGUGCUCUUCAGCUUCUCCUGCUUCUGCAUCUCCAGGAUGACUCAAACUAGUAAUCAAUUAACUAAUUGUAGAAACCACAUUUCGGAGUUUAAGGAAAGUAUACUACGCUUAAAAAACAAAACAGAAAAAAAUCGCCAAGAGUUGCUUAAUGCCUUCAAGGAAAUGAAGCGUGACAUUACAAAGAAAGAACGUGAUGCACAAAACGCAGUUGAGAAGAAAGUGAAUGCUUCGGAUACGAAUGAAACAGUAUCUGAUGCAUUUGAAGUCUUAAAGUUCUUUUUCCCUCAUCUAAGGAAAGUAGAUAGAAUUUAUCCUGAUGUAAUCAUGGGCAGAGAGAAAACAGGCGUUACCUUUGCCCUGGGUAUUUCCACUGUCAACAGAGGAAAUUAUAGUUACCUGAAGCAAACACUGACCUCUAUCCUCUCCAGGAUGACUCUUGCAGAAGAGAAGGACUCUGUGGUGAUCAUCUCUAUCGCAGAUAGUAACGAAAAUUAUGUAAAAUCUGUGGUUGACAUGAUUACAAAAAAAUUCAAAAGGCAGGUGACAUCUGGAUCCUUAGAAGUCAUUUCAAUACCUGCUUAUUUUUAUCCAAACAUAUCACAUGCUGCCCGAUCAACUGACGACUCAGAAAAAUUAGAGAGUUGGAGAAUCAAACAAGUAUUAGAUUUUUGUUUUCUGAUGCUGUAUGCCCAGCCCAAAGCUAUGUAUUAUUUACAGCUGGAAGAUGAUAUCUUAGCUAACAAGAUGUACCUUACAAAAAUCACAGAUUUUGUACAUAACAUCACUUCAAAUAAUUGGCUUUAUAUUGAGUUUUCAGUUCUUGGAUUUAUAGGAAAGCUAUUUAAAUCUGAAGAUUUAACUGACUUUGUACGUUUUUUUUUAAUGUUCUACAAAGAUAAACCCGUAGAUUUGCUCUUGGGGGACAUUUUUCUGGUAAAGAUGUGUACCCCGGGAGAAGCUCUUGAAAAAUGUAUAGAACGAAAUAAGCAUAUUCGUAUUCGAUAUAAACCUUCUCUUUUCCAGCAUGUGGGUAUACAGUCAUCAUACCCUGGAAGAGAACAGUAUUUCAAAGUACUGUGGAUGUACAAUGAAUUUGGAGACAAUAGAUCUGAGUUUGAAGCCACAUUCUUAUCAAUAGAUGCACCAAUAUGGAUAAAUCACUAA